GUUUACGUCAGUUUGCGAUCACACGGUCCUUUCGUCCUCUAUGAGAAAAUUGAAUUUAGAAGCGCAAAGUCAAAAUAGUUCUUUGUGUGGUUUGUGUCGAUCUUUUGCUUACAGAUCGUCGGCUCAUGGAGUGCAGAGGAUAGCCAGUUCCCAAGAUAACGCUAGGAGAUUGAUGUGGUCGGUUGUAUUUUUAUUUGCUAUAGCGGGAUGCGGAUUUCACAGUGUUUACUUGAUACUGACUUAUUUAUCUUAUCCGCGAAUGACUAUUACUGAAGAAAUUCAUGCCGAUCAUAUUGAUUUUCCCGCAUUAACUGUUUGCAAUCUCAAUCCAUUAAAAAAGAGUUCUAUUCGAGAACAUCUUUUGGAAACUCACCAGUCCGUAUCCGAAUUUUAUAACCCGGAUAAAUACGACGACGACGACGAAAUCGAAGAGCGAGGAAUAUGUUUCAGAUCGGAAAACGAAUUUUUAAAAAAGAGUAAAACCAUGGACUUAAGUGACGUAUGGAUGAGCGUUAUUGCGACUAAAGAUAGCUUGAUGAAAUGCGGACAUCAAGCGCAGGAUUUGAUCACUCAAUGCACUUAUAAUGCAAGAAAUUGCUUUAAUGACAGUUCGACGAUAGUUUUAUUGGAUCAAUAUCCUUCGCCCCGUUAUGGUUUGUGCCAUACCAUCGUAGUCGAUAAAGAACCUUUACGAAAAGUUAAAAAGACGGGACUUUCUUUAGGAUUGAGAUUGACAUUAAAUAUAGAGCGCGAAGAUUAUUUGGACUUAGUGUCUCCCGAAUUUGGUGCACGAUUAUUAGUACACCCGAAAGGAACCUAUCCUACCCUGCAAGGUGGGGGUGUGGUAUUACAACCUGGAACUAAAACUUAUGUCGGAGUGAGAAUG